UUUUCAAAACGCCUCUCACAAGCAAGAGUUGGGUGAACAAGUAUUAUGUUUGCCAAUGCAUGCAAUAUGUUUAAUGUUUUGUGAAUGGAAAAAAUAUAAGUGGAUGUAGACUAUACUCCUUGAUGUAUCGUUUAAGCUUCAUUGCCACAAUUAAAGCUUAAUCACACUUCUUAUUCAAAAUUGUUAAGUAAAUAACACGUUAGAAGCAUUAGUAUUUAGGCAAGAGAAAUUCUAAUUAAAUAUGACACAGUUAGAUGAACAAAUACUAGUAGGUACUGUUAGCCGUUUGAUUAAUAUUGUUUCACAUCCAAUUGAAUAUGCCAGAGUAUUAAUGCAGAUUGGACAUGAACCGAUUUUACCACGACCAACUACCACAUUAUUUAGACGGCCGGCACUGGUUUUGCCUAAUGUAUUUGAAUAUGUGAAAUAUAUAAAAAAUGUGGAUGGAAUUUCUGGAUGUUAUCGUGGUGUUAUUCCAAAAAUGUGCGCUGACAGUAUAAGUGCUGUAGCUUUUAAUAAAACAUUAAAAUCUGUCAAGAAGUUAAUGAAUGACAUGAAUAAAGAAAAGAAAGAGGAAGGAAAAGAAGAGUCAGAAGAAGAUGAAAGAUAUAAGAUAUUCAUAUAUGAACUCAUACAGAGUUUAAGUUGUAGGAUGGUGGCAAUUGUGGCCAGUCAUCCGUUUGAUGUCAUUAGUAUAAGAAUGAUGGCACAGUUUGUUGGCAGGGAAACAAAAUACAACGGAUUAUUUAGAUCGAUUAUGGAAGUAUAUAAAGAAAAUGGUGUUAUGGGAUACUAUGCAGGAUUAGUGCCUCGACUUAUUGGAAAUGCUGCUGCAAUAAUAUUAUUCAGUACUUUUAGCUAUCUUAUUGAUAGAUACAUUCUAAACGAUGAAGUAACAAAAGUUUAUGUUGAUGCUACUAUAAGAGUAAUAGCAACAACAGUCACGUAUCCAUAUUUAGUGGUAUCACAUUCUAUGGCUGUUAAUAACUGUGGAUUAGUUGCUGGUCUUCCUCCACACAUGCCAAUUUAUACUGGAUGGCUGGAUUGUUGGUCUCACUUGUCAGCUACCAAGCAGUUACAGAGAGGACAGAGCUUAAUUUGGCGUUACUAUGCAGGGCAACAAAUAAUAAGAAAUGGAAAACCAAUAGUUUUACAUUAAUAUUGCAUUAAUUUGUAUUCGAGAGGCCAGCAGAGAAAUCAAUUUUGUGUUACAUAUUUUUUACCCUAUAGUAAAUUUAUUAGUAUGCUACAUUUGCAUUUAUAUUGCAUAUUCAUUGAAAGUUGAUUUUAAUGGCAAUUAUACCAACUAUUACAUAUGUUUAUUUUCCUUUUGGUUUUAUGUGUCACUGAUAAAUAUGUUUUAUAUCGAAAAUUGAACAGAAUCUUUUUAUUUAACAUUAUUAUAUAAAUACUAAAAUAUCUAUUUUUUUUAGAUAUACGAAACCAGUAUUUUCUGCGGUAUUUAUACGUUGGUACUCAUAGGAGAUAUGUAUAAACAAAUAUAAACGACAGUACAGUACAGAAAAAAUUAAAUUUAUAUUUGUGACAAUAGGGUUCGUGGAUAUUUUCAAUGAAUUACAUACGUAUUGAACCUCGCCGUGUAAAAUUAAUAAUUGGUAACUAUAGAUACACCUGUGAUGUUCUCGUAAUUUUAAAAAUAAACAUUUAGAAGUUAAAUUCUAGUUAAAAUAAAAGUGAUUUUGUAAAAAAAUGAAUAGCUGAAUAUUGGUUAAUAAGAAGAACUUCUGAAAAGAAACAAAUGUUCAAUUCAUAUUUUUUAUUUACUAUUUCGAUGAUUUCAAUCAAUAUACAACGUGGUUUAUCAGGCAUUGAGAGUUAUAUGAGUAUUGCGUCAUUAGAUUUCGUCUUUCUUUCUAAAUAUCCUAUGAAUAAUACACAAAAGCCUAUACUAUAUCGCAUAUUUUUUUAAUUCUUGUAUAAAAAAAAUAUCCACUUGAACUACAAUUUUAAAUAUUACAUAAAUGUUUCAUCAGGUAUUACAUUUGAACUUCAAUUCAUCUAUAUAGUGAUACAAGACGAAUGUGAAUAAUGAACAAAACAAUCAAUAUGUUAUUUUUAAAUAAAAAAACCUUGUACUAUAAGCAAUUACAUAUAUGUAGCGCUGUUUCGUUCUCUGAUUUAAUAAAGACAUUGCAAUCUCUUUGCUGAAGUUACAUUUAUCAUAAUCUAAUUUAAAACAAAUUAUCACCUUCAGAUUACAGGAGAACAUUUACUACUAUACACAAUUAUACCCAUCAUAUUACGGCACAGAGGCCAAUUUUUCGUUAGUAUUAUCUUUCGAUGAAGUUUUAGGUAGUAUUUGUUAUUGAAUCUAUU